AUGUCUGCAAGAGUGGCCUCCGGACGCGGCGGCAAUCAGAACAAAUCUGUACCUGCUGGCGUACCGAACCAAACGCUAUAUUGUACCAAUCUCCCAGACAAACUCCGGAAGUAUGACUUACGGUUGUCGCUCUAUACCCUUUUCUCCACCUACGGUACUGUCUUGGACGUCGUGGCCAUGAAAACUGAGAAAAUGCGCGGUCAAGCGCAUAUUGUGUUCAAGGAUGUCCAGGCUAGCACACAAGCUAUGCGCGCGUUACAAGGCUUUGAAUUCUUCGGGAAAGAAAUGAAAAUUGUCUAUGCCAAGGGCACGUCGGAUGUGAUCGCCAGGCUACGAGGGACCUACAACGUCCCCACAGCUACUGCUGCCCAAGCUACAGGUGCUUCCACAGAUCUCCAGAAAUCGAUCUUCAGCGGUCCCCCUGGAUCCACAGCACUGCCCCCGAAACCCGCGGGGCAGGUUAACGGCGAGGCCCAGGCAGCUCAUGGAACUAAGCGGCCUCGUGAGGAAGAAAGUGAUGAAGAAGAGGCACCGAUGGACGAGGACAGUGAUGUACCAAUGGAAGCCUCGUCAGAUGAAGAUUAA